GCUUCUGCGAUGACCUUUAGAUCAUGAUAGUGUCAUAAACUAAACAACUGGUUUCGUUCGAAGCGUAUUUCCCAGAGAGGUUAGUUUUGUAUUUGUGCCAACAAUGUACAGCCGGAUACUUUAUCUGCUCGUUUUAGUGCAGUUUCGUGCUAUUUUAGGGAAAAAUAGGGGCGAUUCGUGCACAACUCCAAACAAUGAAAAAGCUACCUGCACAGCAAUACAAGAUUGUAAAGUGAUUUUCGAUGCGAUUGUUACACAGAAUAGUUCGGCAAUCAACUUCGCAAGAGAGUCACAAUGUGGGUAUGAUUCGUCGCCGUUGGUAUGCUGUGGAAACGAUGCUUACCAUGCUCCUACAACACAAAAUAGUAUAUUCAAUAUAUUUACAAGAUUACCAGAGACGGUUACUCAAGCCAGUAACCUAAACCAAGACGUGAUAUUAGAAGAUUUUAAAACGGAUGCAUUACCAGACAGAACUGUGUGUGGAUUGGAGAAAGAAGCAAAACGGGUUAUUGGAGGAACAGUCGCUGAUUUGGAUGAGUUUCCAUGGAUGGUAGCGUUGGAAUUUAAAUCAAAAUUUACGGGAGAAGAUGCAGGCGUUAGAUGUGGAGGAUCUCUUAUAAAUAACAGAUAUAUACUCACUGCCGCCCAUUGCAUAUUGGAUAAAGAAUUUGAACUAACGGGAGUUCGGUUGGGCGAUUGGAAAAUUUCCACAGAUCCGGACUGUAUUGACGGUGUCGCCAUUUCGGAAUGUUCAUCGGUUCUCAGAAUGAAAGUAAAAGAGAAACUUCCUCACCCUUAUUACAGUAAUAAAGCCAAAAACAAUGACAUUGCUUUGCUUCGAUUGGAAAAUGACAUCAAAUUCACAGAUUAUAUUCGACCAGUCUGCUUACCACCGAUUAAUUUACCAAAUCCACCGCCUAAUACACCGCUCACUGUGGCUGGUUGGGGAGCAACUGAAAAUGGAACAUCGUCCGACGUUAAAUUGAAGGUAGAAGUACCGAUUCUAACAAAUGAUGUGUGCAAUAGAAAAUUAAGCUCUAGCAAACCGAUUAGUUCAAAUCAAUUGUGUGCAGGGGGAGAACAGGGACGGGACUCUUGUCAGGGAGAUUCUGGUGGCCCUUUAAUGAGAACCUAUCAAGAUUCGAGGACUCUGCAAUCUCAAUGGUACCAAGAGGGCGUGGUUUCCUGGGGAGUUGGAUGCGCACGCGCAGGUUACCCUGCAAUAUACACUCGUGUGUCUCGAUACAUCAAUUGGAUUUUAAAUAAUAUUUCGGAUAAUAGUUAAAUCACCGUAGUGCGUUACUGAAAUGGGAUUCAUAGGAACUUCGAUCCUUUUGCAUUUUUGCUAGCCUACUCACUACCUGGAGUGCAUUUGUAAAGCAGCUUUAAGGAUCGUUGUGGAUUGGGCCAUUUCUGUAAGGCACUUGUUAUGUAGGUGUUAUUUAUCAUUUUACAUUUAUUCAACCCAUUGCUCUUUUAUCUUGUGGAGGCGGAUUCAUUUUUUAAUUGAUUAAUUGUUCGGUCAGAACAUAUCAAAGUUUGUGGUGUUUUAAUACCGUUGGUUAUAUUAGGUAUCCAACUUUACAAUGUGAUGUGCCAUAUGAAACCGUCGAUCGCGUUAUUGUUAAUUUUACAUUAAAUACGUUAAAAUCAGGCUGAUCAUACAACAUGUGAUAAAAAAUUAGAAUAUAGAUAUACUACACAAUAAAAAAUCAAAAUAUGUGUUAUGUAAAAGCGGUUUUAAUUUUGUAUUGCAGUAUAUUUGGGAGAAU